AUGUCCGGAAAAGGUUUAAAACCCGAUGGAGUUACUUACAGCACCAUGAUACAAGGAUUGUUUCAGGUUGGGCGUUGUGUAGAUGCAUGCAAACUCUUCAAUGAGAUGCAUGCACAAGGCCUAAUUCCAGACCAAUGCACUUAUCGAAUAAUUUUAGACGAUCUUUGCAACAACCAUCUAGUAGAAGAUGCGCUCUCUUUGUUCCAGUUAAUGGGUGAUAGCAAGCUUAAUUCUGAUAUUGUUGUGUACACUAUCCUCAUUGAUGGGGCAGGAAAAUGUGGGACAUAUAAUGUGGUUUUUGAUCAAAUCAAGGGAGAUUUUGAUUCCAUUACACUUAGAGGCCUCGUUCCUGGUAUUGUUACUUACAAUAGUUUGUUGAACGGGUAUUGUAAAAAUCAGAAUAUAGAAAAGGCUAUGCAAAUGUUUCGUGAAAUGGCUGGAGAAGGUUUAAAACCCGAUGUAGUCACUUACAACACCAUGUUACAAGGAUUGUUUAAGGUUGGGCGUUGUGUAGCUGCACGCAAACUCUUCGAUGAGAUGCAUGCACAAGGACAAAUUCCAAACCAAAACACGUAUCGAAUAGUUUUAGAGGGUCUUUGCAACAACCGUCAAGUAGAAGAGGCACUCUCUUUGUUCCAGUUAAUGGGUGAUAGCAAGCUUAAUUCCGAUAUUGUUGUGUACACUAUCCUCAUUGAUGGGGCAGGAAAAUGUGGGAAAUUUCACAUUGCAAGGAAUCUUUUCCAUGGCCUAAGCGUUAAAGGUUUGAAACCUAAUGUCAGGACAUAUAAUGUGAUGAUUGGUGGUUUUUGUCGUGAAGGUCUAUUGGGGGAAGCAAUGUUGUUUCUUAAAAUGGAAGAGAGUGGCUGCCUACCAAAUAAUGUUAUUUACCAUGUUCUUGUCCAAGGAUGUUUAAAGAACAAGCACUAUGAUGAUGUAGAGAUGCUUUUAGAGGAAAUGGAUGGUAGAGGUUACUCAAUUGAUGCUUCGACUUCAUCGUGGUUAAUACAUCAUAUCGCAGCUAGUUUACUAGAUAGAAGUAUGCUUAAGUUGUUCGGUAAGCUUGUGCCAAAAGAAUUAAUGGACGAUCCUAGCUUGUGCUACUGGGAGUGA